CAACCCAGCUUGCCAUUGCAAACGCGCGCUUGAAUACGUAAAGUGGACACUCGACUGUUACAUUCUUUACUCCGGCCACAUGCGUCGCAGGCUAGUUUUUAUUCAUCUGCAUUAAGCGUGACUACGCGAGUUUCGUUCAUUAUUGGUGACGUCGGUAAAUCUAAUGGAUGAACCUUUAUCAAAUUAAUAACUUUCGGCCCAGGUGGUGGUGUAGCACGUCGUCUUAUCAGCAGUAGAAAUGUGCUAGCAGAACAUUACGCACCCAAAGUUGUAACAGCUACUUAAUUGAAACCAUCCAAAUUCGCGCAAACUUUGGUGAUAUCAAUUAAAUUUGUUAUCCCCGAAGGUUUGUCAAACAAGCAGCGUAUUUACAAUUGAUAACAAAACAGCGCUAAAUUGCAAUGCUGUCGGCAGUGCUUUAUUUGUGACGCUCGAUAAGACCAUUAGAGAAGGUACGCCGUCAUUGUUUGUGGUAAAUAAAUGAAAACUGGUUUCCCAAAAUACAAGGCUCAUAUUGAACAAUGAAACAUUGAAGUUUAGACGGUGAAAAAUGGUUAUGCGUUGUCGAAAUACAGUAUUCAUAUCUGUUGGAAUGCCUACAAGAAAAUUGAUUAUACUGGUAGCAGUAAUUUUAGGCAUUACAGAAGCAGUUCAAGCAUGCCUUCCUUAUGUGACACGUGAGGCAUGGGACGCUAAGCCUCCGAAAUUGGUGGAGAAGUUUUCAGGUCCUAUUCCGUACGUUAUCAUCCAUCACUCAUAUGAGCCCGCGGCCUGCUACGAUGGACCUGGCUGUGAGAAAGCCAUGCGAACAAUGCAACGUAUGCACCAGCAAAAUCGCGGUUGGAAUGACAUCGGAUACAGCUUUGCAAUCGGUGGUGACGGACGGAUCUAUCAGGGACGAGGAUUCAAUGUUAUCGGUGCUCAUGCACCACGAUACAAUUCACGGAGUGUUGGCAUCUGCAUGAUUGGCGAUUGGCGGUUUGAUCUGCCACCCAAACAGAUGCUGACUGCAUUGCAUAGCCUAAUCGAGUAUGGAGUUCAAAAUAAUAUUAUAGAAUCGAACUACACUCUGAUUGGCCACCGGCAAACUCGCCCGACGGAGUGUCCAGGCGAUCGGUUGUAUGCCGAAAUACAAACAUGGCCUCAUUAUUCGCCAAUGAUGGACGUGGUCGACCCUAACAGUAUUCCAUCGUAGACUGAACAGUGUAUAGAAGUUUAAUUUUUCGAAUAAAACUCACACGAAUAACACCUUGUAUAUAA